CCACGACCCCCAGCCACGGAGAGCAGGGGGGCCCCCAGACAGCUCCCAGCCGCUGCCCAGCCCCCCUCUGGCCAGCCCCAAACACCCCCCAUCUCUGUCUCCAUCGCUUUGUCUGCCCGGCGCGGCCCCGACGGUGCCGUUGGCCCGUUCCCGGCGACCCCGUCUCAGCUCCCCUCGAUCCGCAGCCCGGCUGCCCCCCCCAGCUCAGCGGGGAUGGGGGUCCUGGGGCUGGCGACCCUGCUGGCCUGGCUGAGCGUGGGGGGCCGGGGGAAGAUUUUCACCCGCUGUGAGCUGGCGGAGACGCUGCAGGACGGCGGGAUGGACGGAUACGAGGGAUACAGCCUGGCCAACUGGGUCUGCCUGGCGUUCUACACGAGCGGCUUCGACACGGCGGCCGUGGGGGCCAAUGCGGACGGCAGCUCCGACUACGGGAUCUUCCAGAUCAACAGCGGCUGGUGGUGCCAGGACGCCCAGAGCCCGUCGGAGAACCUGUGCCACGUGCGCUGCCAGGAUUUGCUGAACCCCGACAUCAAGGACGACAUCAACUGUGUGAAGAGAGUGGUGCAGGAUCCUCAGGGCAUGGAGGCUUGGGACGACUGGAAGGAACAUUGCGAGAAGCAGGACCUGACCGAGUGGGUUGAGAGUUGUAAUCUGUGAGGCCCGAGUGUGUCUCCCCCCACAGGGGGGGCGUCUGUCCUUCUCCCUGUGUCUGUCUGUCCGUUCACACAAAUGCUCCCUGCACUGAACAAUCUCGAAGGAAUUUAUAAACCCCGU